UUCACGGGCUCUGCAUAAACACAAAUGGCGAAUAAACCUGAUCAUCAUCAUCACCAAUCUUCAAGGAGAUUGAUGCUUGUAUUGUACUUCACCAGUGUUCUUGGGAUUGGAUCCGUCGCAGCUUUUCUUUGUCUCUCUUCUUCAAUUCUCUCAUUCUCCACCCUUUCUUCAAUCUCGGUUCCCGUUAACCGGCCGGAGAUUCAGAUUCCGAACAUCGAUUCCAAAAUUGUUCAAAAGAGAAGCAAACAAUCGAAUGAUACAAAAGAUCAUCUCCGAUUUUUAUCGGCAACAUUUGCCGAUAUACCGGCGCCGGAAUUACAAUGGGAGCAAAUGCAAUCAGCUCCAGUUCCUCGCCUUGAUGGAUACUCAGUUCAAAUCAAAAACCUUUUGUAUGUUUUCUCCGGUUACGGCAGUCUUGACUAUGUUCAUUCUCAUGUGGAUGUGUUCAAUUUCACAGACAAUAAGUGGUGUGACAGAUUCGACACUCCUAAAGAGAUGGCGAAUUCGCACCUUGGGAUUGUGACGGAUGGACGGUUUGUGUAUGUGGUUUCAGGGCAACUUGGUCCACAAUGUAGAGGACCUACUUCUCGUUCCUUUGUUUUAGACUCAUUCACAAAGACUUGGCUCGAGUUUCCUUCACUACCAGCUCCAAGGUAUGCUCCUGCGACUCAGAUAUGGAGAGGGAGGCUUCAUGUGAUGGGUGGAAGCAAAGAGAAUCGAAAUGCAGUUGCUUUUGACCAUUGGAGCAUAGCUGUAAAAGAUGGCAAAGCACUUGACGAAUGGCGGGAAGAGGUUCCAAUCCCUCGAGGUGGACCACACAGGGCUUGUGUAGUUGCUAAUGAUAAACUACUUGUGAUCGGUGGCCAAGAAGGUGACUUCAUGGCCAAACCUAACUCACCCAUCUUCAAGUGCUCACGUAGACGCGAGAUCUUUAAUAGUGAGGUGUAUAUGAUGGACGAGGAGAUGAAGUGGAAAAUGUUGCCACCAAUGCCAAAGAACAAUUCCCACAUUGAAUCUGCAUGGAUCAUUGUCAAUAACUCAAUUGUUAUCGUUGGUGGUACCACGGAUUGGCAUCCUGUGACGAAAAGGCUUGUUCUUGUUGGAGAGAUUUUCCGGUUUCAGUUAGAUACUUUGACUUGGUCGGUGGUUGGACGGUUACCAUACCGUGUCAAAACAGCGAUGGCCGGAUUCUGGAACGGUUAUUUGUACUUCACAUCGGGGCAGCGGGAUAGAGGACCGGAUAAUCCACAGCCCGGGAAAGUUAUUGGAGAAAUGUGGAGAACCAAGUUGAAGUUUUGAACAUUAAAAUAUGUUUGCUUUU